UACUCCUGAAGCCCGCCUGGACUGGACGUUGGCUCAGUGAUACUCCGUAUAACAAGCUCUUCAUCAAUGGAUUAAGGGAAAAACAUUGACUGGCAAUCGCAUAGGCGCUUUCCAAAGUUGAGUAUAACGCGCGGAGCGAAUAGUCAAGACAAGAAAGCCGAGACUGAGACAAGGGGCAAAGGCAAGGCAAGCCGGCGCCUGAACAAGUCCUUUGUGGAUAGUCUAGUCUGCGUCGAUGGAGCCGCAAGCGAGGGUUGUCAUGGGCAUUUCUCCCACGCCAAGACUUGCAGUCUGCGCCCUUGUUGCGAUGUGGUAGUCAACGUUCGGAUAAAACAGAUCUUCGACCACGUUUUGACAUCAAGUCUUGGUGUUUAUUUUGAAGCCUGGUGGUAGAAGCGCAUACCCUGUGCUUUUUAAGAAAAUGCCCGGGCGAAACAGGUACAAUCUGGUGGACGAUGUGGCCGACGCUAGGGUCCCUCUCCACAACGAGGAAGCGUUUCAGCAUGGGAUUCAUUUCCAAGCCAAGUAUGUUGGCAGUCUGGAUGUCCCGAGACCCAACAGCCGCAUGGAGAUAGUGGCUGCCAUGAGGAGGAUCAGGUAUGAGUUCAAAGCCAAGAACAUCAAGAAGAAGAAAGUCAGCAUCAUCGUCUCGGUGGACGGAGUCAAGGUCGUGCAACGCAAGAAACAGAAGAGGAAAGAGUGGACGUGGGACGAGAGCAAGAUGCUGAUCAUGCAGGACCCCAUCUACAGGAUAUUCUAUGUAUCGCAUGACUCCCAGGAUCUGAAGAUCUUCAGCUACAUCGCCCGAGAUGGCUCCAAUAACUCCUUCAGAUGCAAUGUCUUCAAGUCCAAGAAAAAGAAGCUCCUGGAGGGCUACCUGGUGUCCGCGGGCAUCACCUUCAAGCAAGUCAUUCCCAAGUUGGACCCUCCGCCUCCUCCAAUCAACCGCAAGCGUUCACUCAGGACCCUCUCCCCCAGUGUAGGAGAGGCGGAGCCUAAAGCCACAUCAGCCACACCUACAUCCACAUCUACUCCCGCCCCGGCCCCCGCCCCCACCCUGACCAAUGGGAAUCGUCUCACUACCCCCCUGACGAAUGAGAAUGGGUUCCAUACCACGUUGACCAAUGAGAAUGCAUUCCAUACCACCUUCACCAAUGGGAACGGCUUCCCCACUGCCACCAACCUCUACGCCAGCGCCUCAUUCCCAGACGUGACGCCGAGCUCUUGUGAGUUCUACUCCAUGAGCCCAGGGGGCGCCGACGCCGACACCAGCACCAGCGUGUCCCUGUCGACGAGCGAGGACUCCGGAGUGCGCUCCUCCUCCAUGGAUGACAGGUCCCCCUCUCGGCCGUCCCCUCUGCCACCGCCUCUGCCCCUUCAGGAGGAGAGCUGUGUGACAACGACGAUGAUGCCCGGAGAGGACCUGUUUGAAGACUGCCGCCACCGCCGCAGCUCCUCCUCCGCCUUCCUGUCGGCGUCCAGCACCUGCAGCAGCCUGCCCGACGACCGGUUACCCUCGGUUACCUCGGUUACCUCGGCGACCUCUACGUCCUUCUUCUCCACGGACGCUAACGACACUGUUACCGCGGAUGCUACUUCGACCUCCACGCCGGUGGUCACGCCCACUCCCACGCCACCGCCGCUCCCGAGGCCGGCGACGCCCCACGGCUACGGCCACAGCCUCCCCUUCUCCUCCUCCUCGCCCCUCAACGACACAUGCUUGCACAUCAGCCUGAGUGACGAUGAGCUGCUCGAGACCACCGCCUGAGCAGGAGCUGCCCUGAGUGAAGUCCCCCAAGCCCAGGCAUGUAUCACCUCACUUGGGACGGACACACUACCCGAGACCCAGGCUUCAUGUUGAGGCCUUCUGACUUCUGACUUAAUCCACUGCCUGGCCCACUGGACUCCCCAAGUCAUGGUUUGGUUUGUGUUGCUUGGACAAACACACUACCAGAGCCCCAGGCUUCAUGUUGAGGCCCUCUUUUUAUUGGAUCCACAGCCUGUCCCUAAGCCCUCCUUCAGUUCCCCUUGCUUGGGAUAGACAGACUAGCCGAGUCCUAGGCCUUAACCUGAGGCCUUCAUCCUACUGGGUGUUCUUAGUGAGUGCAGGACUCCCCAAUUCCAAACCCACGUCUCAAGCAUCUAACGAUGACAGACACACUACCCAAGCCCCAGGCUUCAUCUCGGGGCCUUCUUGUUCUUGUUCUUCCUCCAAGAUGGUUCCUCCAAACAUCACAACUGUUAGCCAACCACCAGCCAAUAGUCUUCCAGAUCUUACCUUGUUGUUGUGUAGAAAGAAAACAAUUUUUUCCGGAUGAACUACGUACGUAGUUGGACCAGAGUGAAGGUCCGGGGUUGCGUUUGGUGGUUUCCCGUGCUUGGUUCUCCCCUGAGAGUUUGAUAAUUCUAAGACAUUUCUGGGCCAAGGACAGAGAGAUCAGAGAGAGAGACAGGGAGAGAACUCUGGUCACCAUCACAAUGGGACAUUUAUUUUUUAUAUGGAUAAAGACAUUAGUUUGCAUAAAAGACAAACAGAAAUGAAUGACUGUCAAUGCAAUGCGUCCGAUGGAAUGAUUAGAAGAGAUGUAUUUUUGUAUAGAUGAGAAGGACUGUUAGAGUUUUAUGGCGUAGCUGCUGUACUGUACUGUAGAUGUGUGUUUAGUGUGUAGACCAGGGAUGUCAAACUCAUGCCCGGGGCCAAAUCAUAUUAUUUGGCCCAAGAGAUCAUAUAAAUUGUGUACUACAAUUGGCCCACAUACACCAUUAACCUCUAAAUGCGCGCCGUACCUCCUGUGGCACACUGUAAUAGUCAUUGAAACGUUA